AUGGAACAGUAUUCGCAUAUGCGAGGUCUUCCCAUCGAGUCAUACGAGAAGGCUCGUCCACGGAUUUUGAUUGGGCUCAAACAUGCUCACGUGAGCAUUGUGCUGCAGUGUAGAGAAGGGAAGAUAGAGCAACCCAUAGCCAUAAAGACCCGGCUGGGCUGGACCGUGUGUGGCGGUAGCGAUGGCGAAAACGCGCCCAAUAUGGUUCAUUACUCCUUUCACGUGGGAUCGCGGGACGAUCAUUCGGACGAAGACCUGCAUCAAGCCAUGAAAGAAUAUUUUGCUCUCGAUAGCCUGGGUGUUGUGGAAUCGAACGAAGCCUUACUUUCCACCGAAGAUCAACGCAGCUGUCGAAUGCUCGAAUCGCUAACCAAUCUUACCGGUGACCGCUACGAAACAGGGUUGCUCUGGCGCUAUGAUGAAAUCCGUUUGCCGAACAGUCGACCAAUGGCACUUCGGCGAUACCGCUUAUUGGAAAAACGAACGGCCAAGGAUCCAGAGCUUGCCAACGCCCUGAACCAGAAGAUCGCAGAGUAUACUGCAAAAGGAUACAUUCGACAGCUGACCAAGGAGGAGGAAGAGCAACCGGUUGCACGUUCCUGGUAUCUACCUGUAUUUCCGGUGUUCAACCCGAACAAGCCGGGAAAGGUUCGCAUUGUGUGGGACGCUGCGGCCACGGUAUUUGGAAUAUCGUUGAACUCUGCACUGUUGAAGGGCCCCGAUCAACUCUGCUCACUUUUCUCAAUACUUUUGCGAUUCCGAGAGCAUCGAAUUGCAAUAACUGGUGACAUACGCGAGAUGUUCCACCAAGUACGGAUCCGACAACAGGAUCGAUCUUGUCAGCGUUUCUUUUGGAAGGACGAAUCUGGAAAUACAGCUGUUUUUGAAAUGUGUGUUAUGACCUUUGGUGCUUGUUGCUCACCAAGCAGCGCACAAUUUGUCAAAAAUUUGAAUGCGGAACGGUUUGUCGCGAAAUAUCCACAAGCGGUCGAGGUCAUCAUCAAACGGCACUACGUGGACGAUAUGCUGGUGAGUGUAAAAACCGAGAAAGAGGCAGUCCGUAUGGUUGAACAGGUCAAAUACAUUCACUCUCAAGGCGGGUUCGAGAUCCGCAACUGGAUUAGCAAUUCUUCUGCGGUUCUGCGUUCAUUAGGAGAGGAUGAUGCGAAGACAAAAAACCUUGAUCUUUCAUCGGAAAUGGCGACGGAAAAAGUUCUAGGACUGUGGUGGUGUACGGAGAAGGAUACGUUGACGUAUAAAAUAUGCUGGACCCGCUACGACGUUGCGCUUCUUGCAGGACAACGACGUCCCACGAAGCGAGAAGUACUGAGGGUGCUUAUGUCCAUCUUCGAUCCCCUUGGCUUGAUUGCCCACUUCCUAAUCUACUUGAAGGUCUUACUGCAAGAAGUUUGGCGUUCCGGAACUCAAUGGGAUGAAGAGAUCAACGACUCCCUGUUUUUGAAGUGGCAAAAUUGGUUGCAAGUACUACCUGAAGUAGAAGGUGUUCAAAUAUCUCGAUGGUAUCACAUUCAGGAUGUCUCCAAUGGAAGUAUCGAGCUGCACACGUUCGUUGAUGCCAGCGAGGCUGGAUUUGCUGCCGUAUUGUACUUAAGAUUCUCGGACGGCGAGGCGGUAGAAUGUAUUCUCGUUACGGCAAAAACAAGAGUUGCUCCUCUAAAAUUCCAGUCCAUCCCUAGGCUCGAGCUGCAGGCCGCAGUCCUCGGCUCAAGACUUGCACAAACAAUCAUUGAUUCCAUGUCCAUACAAGCAGGCCGACGCUAUUUUUGGACUGACUCUCGAGAUGUCUUGUGUUGGAUCAACUCUGACCACCGGCGUUUCACGCAGUUUGUAGCACACCGAGUAAGCGAACUUCUUGAUACCACGGAAGCAGCGGAAUGGCGUUGGGUGCCAACAAAGGAGAACGUAGCGGAUGAUGCCACGAAAUGGCAGGGGCGACCAGACCUCACCGCUGGAAGCAGGUGGUUUAAUGGACCCGAAUUUCUUCGGAGAAGUGAGCGCAACUGGCCCGAACAACCUCAAUUCAACAAGUACACCCAAGAAGAACUUCGUCCACAUUUGGUUGCGCAUAUUUCAACUGCGACACCGGCGUUAAACGUAACUGAUUAUUCCAACUGGAGACGGCUUGUCAACGCAGCUGGGCUUCUACUACGCUUUCCGGCCAACUGUCGACGCAAGCUACAGCACUACCCGAUUCUCACCGGUCCAUUGAUAAAGGAAGAGAUACGUGCCGCUGAAAAUCGUCUAAUUCAACAAGCUCAACGGGAUAACUUUACUGAGGAGAUUGCUACUCUGCUGAAAGGUCAACAAAUCGCACGAACCAAUCCACUUUUCAAAUCAACACCGUUCAUUGAUGAUAGUGGAGUUUUGCGCAUGCGUGGCCGCACUACCGGAUGUCUCUUCAUUGCCGAAGAGGCAAAAAAUCCUAUAAUUCUGCCCCGUGACCACCACGUGACCACGUUAAUCAUCAGCCACUACCACGAGAAAUACCAUCACCUCAACCAAGAAACUGUAGUUAAUGAGCUGCGACAGAGGUUCUUGAUACCCCGAGUACGAGCUUCUUGUACAAAAGUGAGAAGAAACUGUCAGCGCUGCAAGAACGAUCGAGCGACGCCAAGUAUUCCGAUUAUGGCAGACCUACCCGAUGCCAGAUUAGCCGCCUACUCUCGACCGUUCACCCACGUGGGUUUUAUAUCAGCGUAA